AUGAGGGGGAGAAGUGUGUGGUUGUGUUUCCUUGCUUUGUCUGUUGCAAGUGUCAUCAACGUGCAAGCCAGACUGGUUCGCAACCAUGUGAGCAGCAUCUGCAGCACAUGGGGCCGGGAGCACUUCAAGACGUUUGACGGAGAUGUGUUUCAGUUCCCUGGCACGUGUGAGUACAACCUGGCCUCCGACUGCCACGAGUCCUACCAGGAGUUCUCCGUGCACAUGAGGAGGACGGUCAAAGAUGGAAACCCUACAGUCAGUCAUGUGGUGGUCACCAUCAACGACCUUUUGUUCUACCUCAGCAAGGACAUGGUCACUGUGAAUGACAUCCCUGUCAAAUUGCCACACUUCAAUGCAGGAGUACAAGUGGAAAAAAAUGCUGGUAACAUCAAGCUCCAAUCUAAAGUCGGCAUCACUGUCAUGUGGAACGGAGACGAUGCAGUCAUGGUGGAACUGGAUACUGAUUAUGCAAACCGUACUUGUGGUCUUUGUGGAGACUUCAAUGGGGUUCCUGUCCACGAUGAGUUCAUUCAUAAUGGUCGCAAAAUCAGCCCCAUUGAGUUCGGCAACAAACAGAAAGUCCACCGUCCAAAUGAAGUUUGUGAGGAUCCGGAUGAAGAGGAGGAUGAAUCUCGGGAGGCUAUGCUGGAUUCAUGCAAGGAGUUUCAAACCACCUGUGCCCAGAUGCUGCGUUCAGAGCCUUGGAGCUCCUGCACCACACUGAUCGACCCUGAGCCGUACAUCCUGACCUGUGUGCAGGACAUGUGUGGCUGCUCCAACAGUCCAAAUGACUUCUGUGUCUGCAGCACACUCUCUGAGUUCUCCAGACAGUGUUCCCAUGCAGGGGGAACGCCUCCCAACUGGAGGUCUCCUCAGUUAUGUGCCAAACAGUGCCCAUUCAACAUGGUGUAUGAAGAGAGUGGCUCCCCUUGCAUGGAUACAUGCACACUUCUCGACACAAGCUCUCUGUGUGAGGAUCACAAGAUCGACGGCUGCUUCUGUCCUCCUGGAACUGUGUUUGAUGAUAUUUCCAUGAGAGGGUGUAUUGCUCAAUCUGAGUGUCAGUGCAAACACAACAAAAUCUACAACUCUGGUGAGGUUUACCGACAGGACAGAGAGGAAUGUACAUGUGUUGAGGGUAAAUGGGCCUGUAAGAGCCUUCAGACUCCUGCUACCUGUGCAGUGGAGGAGGGCUCACAUGUGACUACCUUUGACGGGAAAACAUACACCUUCCAUGGGGACUGCUACUACACCCUAGCCAAAGAUAAAGCAAGUCCAAAGUUUACCAUCCUGGUCCAGUUGGUGCCAUGUGCAAAUCAAGAGUUUGACACUUGCCUCAAGGGUCUUAAAAUCGUGCUGAACAAUGACAGAAACAAUGUAUUAAUGUUCACCUCCGAUGGCACAGUGAAGCACAACAUGCAGACAGUCAGUUUGCCAUACCACUCAGGUGACAUCAACAUAUUCCACGCCUCAUCCUUCCACAUCAUGCUCCAGACAAGUUUCGGGUUGCAAAUUCAGAUCCAGCAUGUGCCCGUCAUGCAAGUCUAUGUCAGCCUUGACCAAAGCUACAGAGCAAAGACACGUGGUUUAUGCGGGAACUUCAACAUGGUCCUGUCUGAUGACAUGAAGACUCCUCAGGGGAUCGUGGAGGGAACAGCUCCCACCUUUAGUAACUCGUGGAAGGCUAACUACAUGUGUCCAGACAGAGAGGAGAGACUUGAAGACCCUUGUUCCCUCAGUGUGGAAAAUGAGUGGUACGCCAAACACUGGUGCGCCUUGCUGCUGAGUCCAGACAGCAGCUUCGCUCAGUGCCGUUCAGUGGUGGAUCCUGAGCUGUACUACAAGAGAUGUACUUAUGCUAGCUGCAACUGUGAGAAGAGUGAGGACUGUCUGUGUGCCGUCUUCUCCUCCUACGCUCGGGCUUGUGCAUCUAAGGGAGUGUUCCUGGAAGACUGGAGAGAGAAAGUGUGCGAUAAAUACUCCAGGAACUGCCCAGCGACUCAGAUCUUCUCUUACCAGCAUCAGAGAUGCCAGCUGACCUGCAGAUCCCUCGGCUCCGUGCAGCAGAGUUGCAUUUCUGACUUCCUGCCUGUGGACGGCUGCUCCUGCCCUGACGGUCUCUACCUCAAUGAAAACGGCAUCUGCAUCCCCAAGGCAAAAUGUCCCUGCUACCAUAACGAAGUCUACAUCAAGUCAGGAAAGUCCAUCAGCAUCAAAGAUGAGCACUGUGUAUGUAACAAUGGAAUGCUUCAUUGCCAUUCUUGGAGAGCCCGCUCAUCAACAUGCCCUUCUCCAAAACAGUUCUUCAACUGCUCUGCUGCUGGCUCAGGGGACCUGGGCCUGCACUGUGCUCCAACGUGUCUGAAUCUGGACAGCGAUGAUUGUCUGGCCUUCUCGAUGAUGGCAAAGAUUCCUGUGUGCAAAGAAAUCAGUGCCCAUCGAAUGGAAAUUAAACUAUCGAAGGGUAAAUAUGAAGAGUUGAACCUGGGCCAGGGUGCUGAGAUUCAGUACAGAAUACGAAGGGUUGGCUUGUUUGUGGUGAUAGAAUCAGCCAUUGGUCUGUCGGUGAUGUGGGAUGGAAAAACAACUGUUCGCAUUAUCCUGGAACCAAUGCACAGUGGAGAGGUGUGUGGUCUGUGUGGAGAUUUUGAUGGAGAUGGACAGAACGACUUCACCACCCAGGGUCAUCUGGUAUGUGAUGGUUGA